AUGAGCGUUCCCCAAGACCCGCGAAAUCGAAACCACAACCACAAUCACAACGGCAAUCACAGAAGCACUUCUGGGGUUCGUUUCAACCCACAAAACGCGCAAGGAAGACCAGAACCAUCGGUUCCAGAAGUCGUGAAUUGGAUCAAAGACUUAAAACUGACCACCAAAACUGCCAAUUUGACCGUCAUCUGUCUCGGCGUGACGAAUGCGAUCCGAACAACGGACGGAAACGAAGUCAGAAACAUCAUCAUCGCCGACAAAACUGGCAGAGUUAACCUAUCAAUGUGGGGCGAGUUGGGCGGGCUGGUGCGCGAAGGCGACAUUCUCCGAAUCCAGCGGGCAUACACCAAGCUCUUCAAAGACGUUCUCACUUUGUACAUCAGCAAAAACGGCUCGAUCCAGCGCGUGAACGAGUUCUGCCUCCAGUUCAACGCCAACAACGACUUGUCGGAUCCGAAUAUCAACUGGGAAAGCGGCGACCCACGGCAAUUCAAGCGCUCUACUUCUGUCCACAACGAAAAGUUGCGGGCUGAUUUGAAAACAAAUACUGGCUACAUUCGGGAGCUGAAAGAAGACUCGAGAUCGCGGUUUAUUCGACUAAAAGGAAUCCCCGAGGAAGAAAACGAAGACACAGCCGGAAAAAUCGUCGAAUUGCUGGAAUACUUGGGCUACCAAAUCGAAGCAUCCGAUAUCGAAAGAGCAAAUCGUGUGGGAAGCAAAAGCGAAGACCGAGCUGCUCCGAGAGCGAUUGUCGUCGAACUUUCGAGCUACAAAUUGAAGCAGUCGGUUUUGGUCGAAGCGGCGAACAAAUUGAGGCACACUGCUUACAGCGUAAUGGACGACGAAACUUUCGUGGUAAUGGACGACGAGCAAAUCGACGAAAUCCCCAGCUUAGACGGAAAAUGCGGCAAAAUCACGGAAGUUGGCGAACCAGUCACUUACAAGAAGUCGGGACGAAUGUUCGGCUUCUGGGGCAGAGACGCCUUCAGAAAGGAAUCCAGCUCGAUUUACAUUAUGGAGCAUUUUUACAGAAACACGCUCGUGGUUGAGUACGCCCGCCUGGUAGAUUUCAUCAAAGACCAGCCCCUUACAAACUACACAGUUCCAUACAAUUGGGCAGGUACUGGGCACCAGAUCUACGAUGGCUCCGUCUAUUUCAAUAAAUUUAACACUUCAUCAAUUAUUCGGUUCGAUUUCGCAACACGAAAAUGGGCUGGAUCAACGGACAUCGAUUUCGCAGCGGAUGAAACUGGACUUUGGGUGAUUUAUGCGACGCUUCAAAACUCCCUCGACAUCGUCGUUUCUAAAUUAGACCCAAAGACUCUGGACGUGUUGAAGACCUUCAGGACGAACUGGCGUAAACAGUGGUCGGGAAACGCCUUCAUGGUCUGCGGCGUUUUGUACGUUUUGAAGAAAUACGACGAAAAAUACACCGGCCUAAAUUUCAUGUACAACACCCACACAGAGGCGUUCAAGUUCAUCGACAUUCCAUUCACCAACAAGUACGAGUGGAACACGAUGGUGGACUACUCGCCCGUCGACGGGCUGCUCUAUGCCUGGGACAGAGGCCACCAAGUCACUUACAACUUGACGCUUUCCAACGCCGGCGGCCACUGA